UUAGGAUUGUUGUCACGGAUUACUUUCGAUCACUGCUUUCGCACGAUUUUUGUAUGCGCUUUUUCAAAUCCGAAUGACGCGUAUCAGAUCUUUGCGCAUGAAAUCGCUAAUCAUAAUAACAGGGUGUUCGUGAGUUGUUAAAGCACUGUCGACGGCUGAAGCCAGGCGGUUUGCUAAUGUCGAUCUAUUAAAUAUUUUUCGGAAGGUUUUCAUACACAGUGCCGGCCGAUUAAUUGCGUUUCAGUGUAGAUUUGGGAGAAAAUUAUGUAGUUAUAAUGGUUGCGAGCACAGUGACUGAUAUGACUGGUUCCAUAUAUCAUGAGCGACAAGUGAAGGAGCUUUGUGCUUUGCACGCACUAAAUAACCUGUUUCAAGAGCGUGGAUUUAGCAAGCAGGAAUUAGACCAAAUCUGUUAUAGCUUAAGCCCUGAUGUUUGGAUUAAUCCUCAUAAAUCACUACUAGGACUUGGCAACUAUGAUAUAAAUGUUAUUAUGGCCGCUCUCCAAAAAAGAGGGCGUGAAGCUGUGUGGUUCGACAAACGUAGAGACCCCAAGUGUCUUCGUUUAGACAACAUCGAGGGUUUUAUACUUAAUGUUCCAACUGAAUAUAAAUUAGGUUUUGUCUUACUUCCUUUAAAACGACGUCAUUGGAUCGCUUUGAAAAAGAUUCAUGGUGCCUUUUAUAAUCUUGAUUCAAAACUGGAUUCACCACAAUUAAUAGGAAAGGACAAUGAUUUACUCAUAUAUCUAAAGGACCAGAUAGAUAGCAAGGAGAAAGAGUUAUUCCUUGUUGUCUCUAGAGAGAUUGAUAACAACCAAGGAUGGUUGAUAGAUACAAGUGAGAAUAAAGAUGACAAUAACACAGACCAUGAUUCUAUUAGAUAUAUUGAAGAUGGAUACCCUGAUAUAGAUUUGAAGAAGUCAGAAUCCAAAGAGAUGAAUGAAAAUGAGGAAUAUCUAGAUAACAAAAAUUCUAGAUAAUUGGGGCCAUUACAUACAUGCUUUACUUAAUUGUUUAUUUAUUUAUUGCCUUGUUGCAAAUCUGACUGGUGGUGAUUAUGCUUGACUUAGGAAAAGACCCAAAGUUAUGGGAAUAAAAAAGUAAAGGAAAGUGAAAGAAAUAAUGGGAAUUGCACGUAAUAAGUGUUUAACUGAAUAUUUCACUAGAGGAAAGAAUAUUCUACAAGAAUAUCUCCACUCAUAUCUACAUGUUGACACAAAUAAGACUUUUCCAUUAUUAGUGUACACCCUCUCUUUUAUAAGAGAAGGAAGCCACUCGUAACAUGGCACAUACCACAAUGCAUACACUACACAUAGUGUACAACAUAAUGUGGACAACGAUGCAAUCUAAAAAGUAGCAUACAUAAGAGAAUGUAAUGUUGUAUUUAUUCAAAAUGAGAAUGUCGCUUUAUUAAAACCAAUGUGUAUAAGAGCUCUUAUUUAAAAAACAGUAGCUCUCUCUCUCUCUCUACGUGAAAGAAUAUUUAUAUUACAAAAAAAAAUGUGUACAUGUAUGUAAUAUUAUUUAUUGUGAUAAUCACACCUACCUGUCAUUUAAAAAAUUUUGUGUAAAUAAACAGACACUUGUGAUACAAAA